AUGCCCCUCUACUCCAAAUUUAUGAAAGACAUCCUCACCAAAAAGGGGAAGUACAUUGACAACGAGAACAUUGUGGUAGGGGGCAACUGCAGUGCAAUAAUACAGAGGAAGCUACCCAAGAAGUUUAAGGACCCCAGAAGUGUUACCAUCCCGUGCACCAUAGGGAAGGAAGCGGUAAACAAGGCCCUAAUUGAUCUAGGAGCAAGUAUCAAUCUAAAUGCCCUUGUGAAUGUGCAAAACAAUCGGGAAUUUAAAGAUAGAUCCCACCAAGAUGACGCUUCAACUAGCAGACCGCUCAAUCACAAGACCAUCGGGGUGGUAGACGAUGUCCUAGUCAAGUUACGCCACUUCACUUUUCCGGUGGACUUUGUCAUAAUGGAUAUCGAAGAAGACACAGACAUUCCCCUCAUCUUAGGCAGACCCUUCAUGCUGACUGCCAACUGUGUGGUGGAUAUGGGAAAUGGGAACUUGGAGUUGAGUAUUGACAAUCAGAAGAUCACCUUCGACCUGUUCAAGGCAAUGAAGUACCCACAGGAGGGUUGGAAGUGCUUCAGAAUGGAGGAGAUAGAUAAGGAAGACGUCAGUAUUCUCGAGACACCACCGUCUUCGUUGGAGAAAGCAAUGGUAUAUGCUUUAGACUGUCUAACUAGUGAAGAAGAAGAAGAUCCGAAGGCUUGCUGGGAAGACUUGGAUCGACAAGACAACAUUCCUGAGGGAGAGGCCAGAUAUGAGACGCUAGAGAAGGAAGUUCCGUCCGAGAAGAAGAAGAUAGAGUUGAAGAUAUUGCUCGAUCAUAUGAAGUAUGUGUUCUUAGAGGAAGAUAAACCUAUAGUAAUCAGUAACGCACUCACAGCAGAGGAGGAAAACAGGUUGGUAGAUGUCCUCAAGAAACACAAGGAAGCAAUUGGAUGA